AUGUCUUACCUCUCCAGAAGCUCUCCUCCUGUGGUCAGCUUUCCCGAGAAAGAGAAACGGUUAGAGAUAUUUGAGUCAGCCUUACCAGGGGCGCGAUUUCAGCUCCAKGCUGCGCUCGACACUGAUGGUGGACAAUACUCAGUUCAACAGUAUAAACUCAGUCACAACGAUCAUUUCCGUUUGGAAGUUAAAGACCGAGGUGAUGAUGGCAAAAUCCCGAUAUUAAUAUUAAAAAAACCACUGGAUAGAGAGGCUGUAAAGAGCCAUAUACUGCUGCUUACAGCUAUUGAUGGAGGACAACCUCCAAGAUCUGGAGACAUGAGAAUAACUGUAGAUGUACUGGAUAUCAAUGAUAACCCGCCUGUCUAUACAAAAGAUGCUUACUCUGUAUUGGUGAAUGAAAAUACUAUUGUUGGCACAACAAUUGUACAGGUAAACGCCACCGAUUUGGACGAGGGACCAAACGGUUUAGUAAUGUACUCGUUUGGCAAUAGCGUGAAUAGUAAAUUACGCAAACUCUUCGAUCUGAACCCAGUAACAGGUGAAAUCAUUGUGAGAGGACUGAUAGAUUUUGAAGAAAAAGACAAGUACGAACUCGACAUACAGGCAUCGGAUAAAGGACUUGCACCAAUGACAUCAGAUAAAAGCGUAGUAAUAAGGAUAGUUGACCUCAAUGACAACGCUCCUGAGAUUGAGGUGACAUCAUUUUCAAGAGCAAUCGCCGAGGAUUCUAGACCUGGAACCACAGUCGCGCUAAUCAGUGUUAAUGAUUUGGACUCUGGUCUCAACGGGAAAGUUCUCUGCUCUGUGAUGGAAGACACAACUUUCAAACUAAUGCCAUCACUACAGGAUAAUAUUUACUCUGUGGUCACCAUGUCACCCCUGGAUAGGGAAAAACAUUCUGAAUAUGAUGUUACAAUAGUAGCCAAAGACGCAGGCCAGCCGUCCAUGUCAUCUGUAAAGACUAUUAGUGUUGUAGUAUCAGAUGUGAAUGAUAACAGUCCAGAGUUUUCACUGAGCCCCUAUACUUUCUAUGUCACUGAGAAUAACCACCCAGGCGCCUCAGUAUUUCCGUGAGUGCAUCUGAUCGUGACAUAAAUGAAAACGCAAUUUAUUUCAUAUCAAAUU